UCCCCGUCCCCGUCCCUGUCCCCGCGCCUCCAUUUUCCAGGCCGCCGCGCCGAGCCCCGCGCCCCGCCCGGCCCAGCCCGCGGCCCCCGCCGCCGCCGGCCUCCGGACAUGGCCGCCAACAUGUACAGGGUCGGAGACUAUGUGUACUUCGAGAAUUCCUCCAGCAACCCUUACCUGAUCCGGAGAAUCGAGGAGCUCAACAAGACGGCCAACGGGAACGUGGAGGCCAAGGUGGUGUGCUUCUACAGGAGGCGGGACAUCUCCAGCGCCCUCAUCGCCCUGGCUGACAAGCACGCAACCUUGUCAGUCUGCUAUAAAACCGGACCAGGGGCCGACAACGGCGAGGAAGGAGAAAUCGAGGAGGAAAUGGAGAACCCAGAAAUGGUGGACCUGCCUGAGAAGCUCAAGCACCAGUUGCGGCAUCGGGAGCUGUUCCUCUCGCGACAGCUGGAGUCGCUGCCUGCCACCCACAUCAGGGGAAAGUGCAGCGUCACCCUGCUCAACGAGACCGAGUCUCUCAAGUCCUACCUGGAGCGAGAGGAUUUCUUCUUCUAUUCUCUAGUCUACGACCCACAGCAGAAGACCCUCCUGGCUGAUAAAGGAGAGAUUCGCGUAGGGAACCGGUACCAGGCGGACAUCACUGACCUGUUAAAAGAAGGCGAGGAGGAUGGCCGAGACCAGUCCAAACUGGAGACCAAGGUGUGGGAGGCACACAACCCGCUCAUAGACAAGCAGAUCGACCAGUUCCUGGUGGUGGCCCGCUCCGUGGGCACCUUUGCACGGGCCCUGGACUGCAGCAGCUCCGUCCGCCAGCCCAGCCUGCACAUGAGUGCCGCGGCUGCCUCCCGGGACAUCACCCUGUUCCACGCCAUGGACACGCUGCACAAGAGUGUGUACGAUGUCGCCAAGGCCAUCUCGGCGCUGGUGCCGCAGGGCGGGCCCGUGCUCUGCAGGGACGAGAUGGAGGAGUGGUCAGCCUCAGAGGCCAGCCUUUUCGAGGAGGCCCUGGAGAAGUAUGGGAAAGAUUUCACAGACAUUCAGCAAGAUUUUCUGCCCUGGAAGUCGCUCACCAGCAUCAUCGAGUACUACUACAUGUGGAAGACCACCGACAGAUACGUGCAGCAGAAACGCUUGAAAGCAGCUGAAGCAGAGAGCAAGUUAAAACAAGUUUAUAUCCCCAACUAUAACAAGCCAAAUCCAAACCAGAUCAGCGUCAAUAACGUCAAGGCAGGCGUGGUGAAUGGCGCGGGGGCGCCAGGCCAGAGCCCCGGGGCUGGCCGGGCCUGCGAGAGCUGUUACACCACCCAGUCUUACCAGUGGUAUUCUUGGGGUCCCCCUAACAUGCAGUGUCGUCUCUGCGCAUCUUGUUGGACAUAUUGGAAGAAAUAUGGUGGCUUGAAAAUGCCAACCCGGUUAGAUGGAGAGAGGCCAGGACCAAACCGCAGUAACAUGAGCCCCCACGGCAUCCCAGCCCGGAGCAGCGGGAGCCCCAAGUUUGCCAUGAAGACGAGACAGGCCUUCUACCUGCACACCACCAAGCUCACGCGGAUCGCCCGGCGCCUGUGCCGAGAGAUCCUGCGCCCGUGGCACGCCGCCAGGCACCCCUACAUGCCCAUCAACAGCGCAGCCAUCAAGGCCGAAUGCACGGCCCGGCUGCCUGAAGCUUCCCAGAGCCCACUGGUGCUGAAGCAGGCCGUGCGGAAGCCGCUGGAAGCCGUGCUUCGGUAUCUCGAGACCCACCCCCGUCCCCCCAAGCCUGACCCCGUGAAGAACGUGUCCGGCGUGCUCAGUGGCCUGACUCCCGCCAAGGCAGCCCCCGUCAUCAACAAUGGCUCCCCCACCAUCCUGGGCAAGAGAAGCUAUGAGCAGCACAACGGGGUGGACGGUGAGUCCGGCGGGGCCAGGCGGGGCCGUGGCGCUCGGCCAACGCAGUGCCCGCGUCCGCUGACCGUGCUCUCUCUCCCUCUCUCCCGCCGUCGGGCGCUGCCAGGCAACAUGAAGAAGCGCCUCUUGAUGCCCAGUAGGGGUUUGGCGAACCACGGACAGACCAGGCACAUGGGACCAAGCCGCAACCUCCUGCUCAACGGGAAGUCGUACCCCACCAAAGUGCGCCUGAUCCGGGGGGGCUCCCUGCCCCCCGUCAAGCGGCGGCGGAUGAACUGGAUCGAUGCCCCGGAUGACGUGUUUUACAUGGCCACCGAGGAGACCAGGAAGAUGCGCAAGCUGCUCUCGUCCUCGGAGACCAAGCGCGCUGCCCGCAGGCCCUACAAGCCCAUCGCCCUGCGCCAGAGCCAGGCCCUGCCACUGCGGCCGCCCCCGCCCGCGCCCGUCAACGACGAGCCCAUCGUCAUCGAGGACUAGGCGCCCGCCGCCCCGAGGCCGCUCUGACCACAGGCCACCCCCCGCCCGGUUUGGUAGUGCCCCCUCCCGCCCUCACUUGCAGAGAAACUGCCCCUCGGGCGCCGCUGGGGCCAGUGCGGCAGGACUCGCCCGAGCGCCCCCGGGGCAUCUUAGCUUUGUGUCUCCUCUUUGGCCGGAGCGGAGCUGAGGAACCGAGCGCGCACCCACCCCGCCCUGCGGGCCUUGCGGGCCGCCGGAGUUUCGUUGUGUUCUGUUGAAGGUGCCAUUUUAAAUUUUAUUUUUAUUACUUGUUUUGUAGAUGAACUUCAGCUCUGUAACUUACACCUGGAAUGUUAGGAUCGGCGUGGCCGGCGGCCGGCCGAGCUGCCUGGUGGGGUUGGCCUCUUGUCUUUUCAAGUAAUUUUCAUAUUAAAAAAAACAAAGAAAAAAAAACUCAUAAAAAGAAAAAACCAGCUA